CUCAAUCUGCGCAUACUUCCCCGGCCAAUUUGGACCCUAUAAGAGCACCACAAGGCCAUUGAAAUCUCCAGUACCUAAAACUCAAAACCCAUCAAAUGGCAAAGCAAGUUUCUUGUUUCUUCCUCAUAUUGUUCUUCUCUUCUACUGUCCAAAUUCAAGCCAGAGACAGCUUCUUCUUUAGCAAGCUCACGCACUACAGCAUUAACAAACACCAUGAGAAGAAACCCAAGAAGCUUAUUCCUCCACUAGUGCCACCCACAUUGGCUCCAACCCAAACCCCAGCUCCAGCUCCAGCACCAACCACAAUCCUCCAAAGUGGGCUUGAUGAGACUGACCUUGUAAACCAAGAAUUGAGUGGUUUCAGCUACCAAAGCAACAACAAUGAGUACAAAUUAACAGGUGAGACCCCCUUGACAGGCCAUGAGAAUGAGAAUUACAACAACAACAACAAUGGGUACGGAUUGAAUGAGAAUGGCUAUGAAAGUAGCAAUUACAACAACAAUGGCUACUCUAGCAAUUAUAAGAGCAGCAACAAUGGGUAUUAUGAGAUGGAGAGGCAGGGGAUGAGUGACACAAGGUCUUUGGAGAAUGGUAGGUACUACUAUGAUGUCAAGAAUUAUAAUCCAACUGGUUAUGAAGGUACCAGGAAUAAUGUCCAAAGUUAUUAUGGAAAUUCUGAACAGAGCUCUAAUGAGCUCAAAUCCAUUGAAGAAGAGUACCAGAAUCAAGAGGCGUACCAGGAGAUCCCGGAGGAGUAUGUGCCAUAAAUCUUACCUGAUGAGUAAAGAAGAAACUAAGUUAUAUUUUGUAUUAUGUUUUCUUUUAAAUAGUUGAACAAUGUUUUGGUAUGAAAAUGAAAAAGGGUUUGGAGAAUAUAGCUUGGUAUAUGUGCCUGCUUCACAGGGAUCAACAAAUUCUUGAACCUUAUGGAGCUGUAGUUAGUUUGAAGAAUGUUAAUUAUGUCAUUGUAUUCACAUCUCACUUUCAUUCUCCCUCCUUUA